CACACGAUUCCGGGGCUCUUGCUUGUGUAUAUAAUAUAUGUGCUUGCGAUGCAAUUCCACAUCAUAUAAAUAGGCGUCCCUUGCACUUUUUGCUGUCACUCUUGAAUUUUCUUAUCGAGAGUUACAAACCAUAUUCGACCAACUGGUAGUUAAUAACAAAUUGUGCCAACAAUGAGGGUAUUGAGUAAGAAACACUUGUCAAAAUUCGGAGCGCAGACGGUCGUCCGAUUUUGCACAUCAGUGGGUAUGAGGCAACAACACGAAUCGACAACGACAGUUGAUGCUCAAGAUGUAUCAAAUUUCUCGAAAUUGAGCGAGAACUGGUGGGAUGUUCAUGGAGAUAUGAGGGCCUUACAUGCCAUGAACCCACUGAGGGUACAGUUUAUCAGGGAUGGCCUUUUGAAUGCUGGAUUUAAAGAGGCCUCACCAAGCCAACCACUCGAGGGGGUCAAAAUUCUUGACAUCGGAUGUGGCGGGGGAAUCCUUUCGGAGCCUCUAGCUAGGAUUGGAGCUCAGGUCACUGGUUUGGAUGCUUCAAAAGAACUGGUUGAUAUGGCCAAGGCACACGUUUUGUUGGAUAAGAAUCUAGCAUCAAGAUUAAAUUACGUGCACACAGCAAUUGAAGAUUUUUCACAGGAAAAUAAAGAAAAGUUUGAUGCAGUUGUAGCAUCUGAGAUUUUGGAGCAUGUCAUUGACCAGGAACUAUUUUUAAAAAGUUGCACAGAAGUUUUAAAACCUAAAGGUUCUAUUUUUAUAACGACGUUUAACAAAAAUUUCAUUUCUUGGUUGGGAGGAAUCAUUGGAGCAGAAUACUUGUUAAGACUUUUGCCAGUUGGAACUCAUGACUGGAACAAAUUUAUAAGCCCUGAAGAUACCAGGCGAAUAUUAGAAAAAUAUAACUGCAAAACAAAAUUAAUUCACGGGAUAUUUUACAACCCAGCUGCACGUACAUGGUCAUGGAUACCAUCGACUGCAAUUAAUUAUGCCCUUCAUGCAAUUAAAACAGAGUCUAUUAAAAGUGAUGCUUAGUGUGUUACAUAAAUGUAAAUUUUUUUGUUAAAAAUACCAUAAGAUUAAGUUAUGCUUGUUACAUUAACUAUUGCCUUUAAGUAUUUUUUUGUGAUGAAUAAACAACAUUGAACAACGUUAAAGCCUUUGAA